AUGAACGGCUCUCUCCCGACCUCAAAUCGAGCUGUUGUCUGGGCUGGCGCGCGCAAGCUCAACAUUGAGCAACGGCCCAUCAGAGCCCCCAAUGACGAUGAAGUGCUGGUCGAAAUUAUCACCACUGGAAUCUGUGGCUCAGAUUGCCAUAAUUGGGAAAGUGAUCAAGUCUCAUGUCAACUCAUCUUAGGCCACGAGUCGGCGGGCAUCAUCGUCCAAUUGGGAAAGAAGGUUGUCAACAGACAUCUUGGCCAGAGAGUUGCAGUCGAGCCUGGAUUCAGUUGCAGAGAAUGUGAGUUUUGCGGACGAGGUAACCCGAAUAUCUGCGCAAAUCUGAAGUACUGCGGAAUGGACCCGACGGAUGGAACCUUGAGUCAAUAUUUCACAUGCAGGGCGUCGAACACCGUCCCCAUUCCCGACGAGGUGUCCUGGGAGGAAGCAGGGGCGAUUCAGCCGUUGGCCAUUGCCGUGCAGGUGGCGAGAAGAGCGAGCUUGAACCCAAGCCAAAGCCUGGCGAUUUUCGGAUGCGGUCCUCUUGGCCUUCUAAUCUUGGCUGUUGCCAAAGCAUACGGGGUCAAGAAGAUUGUUAUGUUCGACAUCGAGAAGUCUCGAACCCGGUUUGCCGAGUCUUACGGAGCUCACGUUGGACUUGUCACGCCGAAGCACGAAGACCCAUCAAAGGAUACACUGUCUUUUGCCCAAGCCUAUGCAAAAGAGAUCAUUGCCAACCACGACCUAGGACACGGAUUUGACGUGUCAAUCGAAGCCAGUGGUGCGGAAGUAUGCGCCACAAUGGCUGUGUGCAUGCUCAAGGCCGGCGGAACCUGUAUUCAAGCAGGUUUGGGCAAGCCAAUGGCUUCAGUACCACUCUUUCUGAUUACGGCAAACGAGUUGAACGUGAAGGGCACGGUUCGUUACACUCAUGGCUGCUUCGAAGAUGCAAUUGGUCUACUGUCCAGGAAGGCAGUCGAUCUCAGACCGCUUAUCACGGCAACGUACCCCUUGACGCAGGCAAACGAGGCGUUCGAGGCACAGCAUUCAAGGAACGAUAUCAAAAUUGUGAUCUUUAAUCAAAAGUAG